UCACCGCUGUAUUUUUCUUGAAAAUUAACUAUCAAGGAAAAAAGUUUGGGAUGUUUAAUGCGUUCAUUCUGUUUUAAAAAUUGGUCAGCUAAACAGUCCUUGUGUGUUCUACUGGAUCUGGAAAAAGUCGCGCAAAUUCGCUUUAUGGAACUGUAAAGGGUGCGGCUGGCUCUUUUUCAACGCCUGUAACCAAGGGGGCGGUUGUAGGAACAGCUACGGUCCGCAAGCCACUGACCGAACCUUCAAAUUGCCCUCUGUGCUCACAACGAGAGUCAACAGGAUGGAUGCUGGAGGGUCAAGGCAGUCUUCAUCUCACACAGGUUUCCAGGGUGCCAAGAACACAAUCCUGGGAUCUAACAAUGUCUUGUUACAAUAUUUGCUGGAGAACUCCUUGAGGGAGCAUCCUGCAUUGAAGAAAAUUCGCUUGAAGACUAUGGAGCACCCUUACCACUUCAUGAUGGUAGCAUGUGAACAAGCUCAGUUGAUGGCCAACCUUGCAAAACUUAUCAAGACAAAGAAAGCACUUGAAGUUGGAGUCUAUACUGGAUAUAAUACUCUGAAUAUGGCACUUUUGUUACCAGAUGAUGGGAAGGUAGUUGCUUGUGAUGUUAGUGAAGAAUAUGCCAACAUAGGAAAACCUAUAUGGAAAGAGGCUGGAGUUGAGCAUAAAAUUGAUUUGAGGAUUAAAGAAGCAGUUCAAACUUUAGAUGAGCUUAUAGCAGCCGGAGAGGCAGAGACAUUUGAUUUUGCCUUUAUUGAUGCUGAUAAAGAAAGUUAUGAUCAUUAUUAUGAGAAGUGUUUGAAGCUCAUUAGGAAAGGAGGAAUCAUAGCCAUUGAUAAUGUGCUGUUUGGUGGCAGAGUACUAAACAGAACAAAUGACAUCUGUGGCCAAGUCCUCCAUGACCUGAACCAGAAAAUCCUCAGAGACCACAGGGUUAAUAUGAGUAUGCUAGCUGUUGGUGAUGGAUUAACUUUAGUAUUUAAAUUAUAAUCUGUGGUUUUGAAAAAUUAAACCCACAACAUAGUGAUCAAAAGUUUACAUUCAAAAAGUUUUAUUCCUAACAGUUUUCUACUGUAAUAGCCCAACAUAUUUCUAUAACAAGUCAUCUGUCCUGAUAAAGUGCCUGUCCAGUAAAGAAAAUACUGUAGUGAACUUUAUGUAUAUUUUUUACUGGUGUUUGUGUUCCAUAUUAGUGUUGAGUUUGUGGUAAAUAUUAUGAAAAUAUGUAUGGGGUUAACUGUGUCUUGAAGAAAGUUCCUGAAAAAAUAAAGUUGAUUAAAUUUAUUUUAAA